UGUUGAUAUUACAUUAUUGCUUAUGUUAUACAAGAAUACGGUUAUAUACGAAUGUAAAGGGUAAGUGUUCUUCUCAUAUUGAUUUACCGCUUUUGUAAUUUAUGUAAAAUAUGGUAUUACAGUGGAGAUGUAGUUGGUGACCAUCACAAAUGGAUGACAAUGUGAAUGUGAUGGAAUCGACAUUCUCGAAAGAAUAUUACCUUGUAGCCUGAUCACAGCGGAAUGGCCGACAACAUCAUAAUGUCGUCCGAAAAGCCUUCGUACACUUACCUAAAUACCCGGUUUCACAGAUUCCACGGUUACAACUUGAGUCUUCAUGACCAGGAUACAGUGGCUCAUCGUGAAAUGAGUUUUGCCAAUGCAAUAGUGUUCAGCGAACGGUCCCUAUCGCCGGGCGAAGUGUUCCUCAUCGAAAUUGAGAGUAGUGAAAACGGAUGGUCUGGUCACAUUCGAUUAGGUCUCACUCAAUUAGAUCCUGAUGCUUUACAGCGCGGCGGACAUUUAUUGCCACAAUGUGCAAUACCCGACAUGAUCUCUAACAAUACUAUGGGCGAGUCAUGGAUAUGUACUUUGACCAAACAUCAGGCCUGGUACCAAGCCAAUUAUUUGACUAAGUAUUUUCGAUUAGAUGGCAAUCAUAUAUUUACAUCUAAAGGUACAUUCCCGACAAGUAUUUUGAAAUCGCCAUGUGAAGACAAAAUGGACAUACUACCUACGGAUGUGGGUAGUCGAGUUGGUGUGUUGUAUUUACCUUGCGGUCAAAACAGGGCCAUUAUGCAUUUUAUAAUCAAUGGAGAGUUUGUUGUUCCGCUUUCGAGAACUAUACCAUAUAAUGAUGGUCCUAUCAGAGCAGUGAUCGAUGUAUAUGGUGCUACUAAACGAGUACGCAUCAUACAAGUAUAUAAUGGUGAGACUUCUGUUAAUAAAUAUAUAAUUUUGUUUCUAUGAAGAUUUUUAUAUAAUGCCAUAUAAACCUGACGAGGUAGCAAGGUAUAAUCAAUGAAAGAAUUUUUAUAAGCCAAUUGUUUUUUACUGUUAAAUUAAUAAAAUAUUGUUCUCCAUUAAAUAAAAUAAAUUAUUACUUUAAACAAUUAUAUUCCAUAAUUUACUUAUUUUAAAAAUUAAUUUCAAGAUAUGCCUAAUUUAGUUUCUUGUUUUAGUACAACAAGGAAUGUAUUGAUUUUACCAUGAUGUUUAUCUUUUCAUUUUUUUUAUCCAUAAAAAACUUUUCUACCAGAAAUCUUACUCCAAUUUUCAAAUUUAGUACUUUUUCUAAAAGAACAUUUUAUCUGGGUGGUACUUUAAGAAGGUCAGUUUUUGAUUUUCCAAGUGGCUUUCAUAAUAUUAAAAAAAAACUUUGUAUAGAAGAAACUCCGCCCCGAAUCGUUUUUCAUUAGCAAUGGUUUAUUGUUGCAUAUAAAUAUAGGUAUAAAUUAAAUUCUCCUAUAACUAUACCAACUUCUCACCUACAACAGUGGCACACCCUUUAAAGUAUUUUUUUUUUUUUUUUGUGUGUGCCUGGAUGUCAAUUCUUGAAUUUCGUUCGAAAAAAAUCACUCAUGAGACAUUUUCUGUAGGGUUUUGUCAUACGACAUCUGAAAUAUCUAUUCUUGAACUAUUUAUGUCAUUUGAUUAUAAAACAAUUAUUUUGUUACAUGAAAUAUUUUUCAUAUGAUCUAUGUUGGUAACUAACGUUACCAUGAAAAUAAUUGUGAUGAGACCACCGCCACUCAUAUUAUUUAGUAAAUCUUAAUACAUUUAAUGAGUGGUGCCUUUUUUGUUUACAUAAACAUACUCGUAUACAUCUUCAUUUUGGUUUGUAGAAAGUACAAUUGCAACAUGUGUGCAAUCAAUCCAGCCCACAACUCCAGGAAAUGAAGUGUUAAUAAAAAUCUAAAAUAAAUAAAUAAAAUCUUGAAAUUAGAUCACAAAAAAAAUAUAUUUUUAAUUGAAGAUUUUUAUACAAGUUUAAUAGAAUUACUCAUUUCUAAUAUGUUGGACUUUCUACAUAUUAUUAGGAAAUUUAACCCAUUAGUUUAAUAAACCAAGCUGGUUCAACAUGUCAACCACACAACUGAUGGAUCUUUAAAUAGUAGGUUGAAAUACAACCAUUAACCUUAUAUUACCAAUUGGUGUUUAAUAGCAUCCUGUUGCAAAGAAGUUUAAUACUAAAAACAUCUGUAAGAACAUUUUAUAUUUAACUUAUUUUUAUAGUUUAUAUAAACAUAAUCAUAAAAAUAUCAAUUCCUAAUUCUGAAUAAUAUAUUUUUAACUUAUUACCUUUUCUCAGAUAAUUAUAGUUGUAAGGUCUUCUUUCUGAUUCAAUAUAUGGUAUAAUUAUAGCUAUUAGUUGCCUAACUAAAUCUUUAGUUUAUCUAUAAUGUUUCAAAAAUAAAUGACCAUAUUGGGUAUAUGGAUCAUACUUUAUCACAUCUUUUCCAUAUAAUUUUGUUAUGUACCCAUUUGAGAAUAAACAAAAGUAUUUUGUUGUGGAUCUUUUUCUUUUUCACGUGCCAAACAUGAUUUGUUGUAUACAAUCUCAAUCAAUAAAUGACAAAAAAAAAACCUUUUUAUAAAAUUGUUGAUUUAGCUAGUGCAUCUGCUGCGUAAUCAUUUGAUUUUUCAUAGCUUUCUUAAAAAUUAAAAACAAAAACAGGAAAUUUUAUGCCAUAGCAUUUACAGUUUCAUUAUUUUUGUAAAAUUGUCUACAAAUAAUUGUAAAGACAUGUAAUUUUCACACAAUACUAAUAUUAGUAAUUUUAAAAUGUAGUUCAAAUGUUUAUUAAAACCUUUGAUCAAUUUGUAAGUAAUUUAGGUAUUUGACAAUUACGAGUUUUUAUUAAGUUUUAUGUACAUAAAAUUGUUUUGGCUAAAUAGAAAUACUUUUCAAUUUUACACAAGGUUUGUCAUAGUUUGUGUUUAGUAUUCAAACAAAUAAAAUUUAGCAUAAUGUAGUAGUUUUUUUUGAUUUUCAUAAGUGUUAAAUUUAUUUUUUAACCAAAAUUAUAGAAAUGAUUGUAUAUGAAAUACACAAGAAAACUUCACUAAAAACCAUAGGAAUUUCGUUAGCUAUAAUUUAUCAUUGUACACAUAUAUAAAUUAAACAACAUAUAUCAUACCUUCUCAACUUCCCACCUACAUCAAUUGUAAUAUGUCAUAGGUGCUAUGCAAUAUCGUCUCCUUUUUUUUCUUUAUUUUCUUAAUAUAUUUAUAUUUACUAAAAAUUGAAGAUAGUCUUUAUUAUUGUACUAAAUUAUUCAAGUGUAUAGUUUUCUUUAAUAUUCAUAAUUGUCAUGUAGAUAUAGUUCUUAUAAAAAUUUAUUUAAACAAGACAUUCUAUUAUAAUUAUUACACCAUUAUUUUUUUGUUACUAGUGAAUUCAUUGCAGAGUGCAUGCAGGGAAAUUAUUCUGAAGAAUAUCAAAGCUGCAUCAGUAUCAAAAUUACCAUUACCCAACUCUCUUAAAGAGUAUCUCCUUUAUAAGACUUAAUUAAUAUUUACAUAUUUGUAGGUUUAGCAUCCUUAUUUAUGUGUCCCGAUUAAAUUUAUCUUAAUUUUACCACAAAAUGUUUUUUUUUAUUGUUUUUAUUUGUGUUAAAAAAAAAAGGAAUAUUUGUAAAAUGCAUAUUAUUUUAAUGUAAUUUUUUUAUUCAUUAAAAAUGUUAUUUAUUUUUGAUGUCAUUAUUUAAAGAAGAAAUAUUGUUAAAAACUAAAUCCUUUUAACUAAAAAUUUGUAUCUGUUAAUUAUAGGAGUAUUAGUUUGAUUAUAAACACAAUAUAAUAUUGAGUUCCUAUAAUAA